GACAUAAGGCUCUUGUGGGCACAGGGCACUGGAUUUCCCCGAUAACCAGUAGCAUUAAAUGAAGUUUACAAGUGUUUCUGAGCUUAGAUUCAGGGAAACAUGACAUACUGCCUACCAGAGAGUCCAUGGGAAAGGGAUGUGUCGGAGAAUCUGAAGACGGGAUACUUGAAGAUGUGCCGAUGAAAACAAACCAUCAAGAGAAUGAUUUCUCGAUACACAAGAAGGCCUAUAUCACACAACUUAGAGAUUCGUGGGAUAUCCCGCAGUAGCCUGGACCACCGCCCGCUUCCCGAAAAGCCAGGCGAUGAUUCCAUACUCCACCAGACAACCCUUCAUGAUCCACAGGAGGCUAUACGUACCUGUAAUAGCUCAGCGGCAUCUUCCAUUACGUCUCCCAUAUCACACUGUCCAUUAGUCACCACUGGGGAUAUGACCAGGUCCUGGUCUGGUAUUCAUAGCUACACGGGCACAGAGAUCUCCACUGAGCCAAGCUCAGUCUUCUCCUGGGGAUAUGAUGAGUUUGAUAAGGCUGCCUCCUGCCAGGUGCAGCAUAUGUUUGAAGAGAUUGAUGAGGAGCUCUAUGAAGGCAAUGUAGGAGUUCAGCACAGAACCUGGCAGGACGAGUGCAACCAGUGGGCAUCGCGAUUUCCUCACCUAAGAGUUCUUGGCAAGCAGUUGCUGUGUCCCACAGAUGAAGGGUUUCGGUGGUAUGCCACUUCAUCCCAGAGUGUCAGCUCUGCCAACCCUGUCCAGGGGAAGGACAAGACUUGCAAAGAAUUGUGUGUGGAGGGUUAUAGAGCGGUGCUGUGUCCCCUGUCUUUGGACUUGCCAAACACUUCUGACCCACCCUGUUAUUUGCACGGAGACGAGGUACCCAAAGUGAUAGAGGCAGAAGGGUUGGUGGAGGAGUAUCUGGCUUUUGACUGCACAGACCGGGAUGAGGAGAGGGAGCGAGAAUGUGUGAGUAGGCAGAGAUGCUGCUUGCCACCCAUCUCCCCAUAUCGCUGUUGGCGGGAGGCGGUGCUUGAUCUGCUGUUUGAUGACGUAUGGCGUGAGCUGAUUGGCUGGAUGGAGGAACUGGUUCGCAGGUUUUGGGAGGGCUGUGUGUCAGAUGAGGAGAAGUGUGCUGUGGCGUUGAGUCCCACCCAGCCCCAUUCCCACAAUCCUCUGGUGCUGCUGUCCAGUAUCCCGGCAGCACAGCUGCACCUGAGCCUGGCUCCCCACCGAGCUCAGCAGUUCCCCGGGACCUUACAGCCCCAGAGCACAAAGUCAAGGGGCUCAAAGCACAAGUCAAGACGGAAAUCCAAAAAGCAGAGAAAGCCGUCUACUUCCAGUAGAGUGCCUGUAGGAACAGCAACUACACAUCACAACCUAAAUGACCUCAUCACCAUCCAUGGCAUUCCACUGCAGCAGCGGAAUGUUGGAGUUCUUGACCGAACCGCACAUGAAGGAGAGGAGAGGAUGGUCCAUUCUCCUGGUUCCAGCAUUACUCCCUCCAAACUUCAUUCUCGUCGCGCACUGGAGCAGAGUUCCUCAUCCAUGACACGCCCAUCUCAGUCUGCACGGCGACGGACCUUGCCUCCUCGUACAUUGGUGCCGUUGGCAUCGAGUCUGACCCAGUCAAGCACAGCUGGCUGCAUUGAUGAGAUCAUCAGAGGAACACGACUGACUAUAGCCAGCGAUCGUCUCUCUCCUCCAGUGACUCUCAGCAGGAACACAUUGCUCCCGCCUAUUGGCACUGGAGAUGCAGAGCAGAGUUACUCUGGACAUCAUACACGGCUGUCUCAGUGUCAGAGAGGCCCCUCCAGCCGUGCUCACAGUGCAGUAGCAGAUGACACAGGCAGCCUGCAGCCCAGAGACAGACUCCAUCCGCAGGAUAUCUUCUCCAGACCCAACACCACACAUACCUUUUGGUCGGACAUGCCUUAUCGCCGCUCCUACACAAUCCUGGACAGCAGCGGGCAGGGGAGGCCAAGCAGGGCAUCCCUGGGCACAGACUCUCUGGGCAUUGGUGUAACUGGAAUCAGUUUGGGAAAUAGCAGCUCUUCCUUCCUAGACUCAUUUUCCCAUCAUCCCCUUGGCCACUUUCUCAUUGAGGAUGAGGAAGAGGCAGCUGCUCCAGCUCCUUCUCAAGGCUUACUGCUCCCCCAAUCUGUUCCUGUACGCUUGCACAGCGGAGGCGGCCAAAUGCCCCACAGCAGCAGACCAGGGCUUUAAGUUGCACGCACACACGCAUAUGCACACACACACUCACCAACACAUGCGCUCACACACACCCCUCAGCCCUCAUAGAGUUGUGCUGCAGGACAGUGCUCAAAUGACACACUAUUAAACAGCAGGACUUUUAUACCACAGGCCUUAUGGGCGUUUUAUUUAAUUCUUAUUAACAUUAUUAAUCACACAAUUGUUUGAUUGCCCUUUUUUUCUGAGCCUACAGCUUUAUAUAGCUGCCAAAGACAGUAAGUCCAGGUCAGGACAAAGUCCUGCUGGAUGUACUAUAGAGUAAUAGAUGUACUAUCGAUGUACAUUAGAGUAAUAGUUUCUGACAGCCCACAGGGAUGCUUGCUUUGUUCUCCAUGGUAUUCUAUGCAGUGUGCAUAAACAGGGUAUGUGACUGAUCUUUUACAAACAUUUGUAAAGUUCGAAUCACUGUAAAGAUGCAAGUGGUACUAAUGGUUACAUUCAUAGCCACAUGCCCAGCUGUUCCAAUAUAACUGCCACGCUGUGAAGUUGUUUUUGACUUCCAUGUAAAAAUGCAUAACUAUAGCAUACACUGAGUAAGUUGGAGACUGUCAUCCAAACUUAGUUUUAAAUAAAACUUUUUUUUUUUUUUUUGGUAGGGUUUAGAUGCUGAAUAUAAAUGAUUAUUAAUAAUGUGCAUGGCCCAACCUAUAAUGAUGAUCCAAAAAGUAGAUUUGGAUUUUAGGCUUAAUUCUGGUCUAGAGAUGAGAUGCCGUUCAGUGUAUUUUGUGUUUAAAGGCAGUUUUCAGUUUCUGUGGGAGUGACUGCAGACUGCAGCAUUUUCUUACUCUAUACAGUUUACAUAUGUGAGCCUGGUCCCUUGUCUUUAUAAAUUUAAAUGUAGCUUCUGAAGAAGCUUUUCAGCCAAUUCCAUGUUUUUUUUUCUUCAUUUCCUCAUUUAACUGAUUCCGUUUCUAAACCUAUUGAUAAUAAUUAUAAAGCAAUAAUAGACCUGCUUCUCUCUCAACAAUUUAUACAGAUAGUUUAAUUUAGUUUGAGCAAGUUCUGUGAUUAACCCUUUGCAGUCUGGGCCAAUGUUUAUAAUGUUAUGAUUGCUGAUUGUGCUGACAGCCAACUGGGGGACAUUGUCAUGUGAUCUCUCAGUAACACUAUAUCUUCCUUUAGGAACUACUGAAGCAGUACUGUGGACGCACUACCACCUUGCUACCAAAUGAACUAAGAGCAGGGAUUUGAUGUUGUAGAUAUGUGAUAACACAGCUAUACCAUAUCACACCAGUUUUGUAUUGUGCGUAAUGAAGUGAGGUCAAAAUAUUAAAAAAGGAUUCUCACGUUUUACUGACUUUACAUUAUUAGAUAAUAGUAUUUUGUAUUGUAAAUAUAAACUUUGGUUUUGAAGAAAAUGUCUUAUUCUUAAGUUCUUAUAAUUUCCUCUUCAGUACAGCCUUAUAGGUGAUAGCAGAAAACUGAAAUGUGUUCUGCAUACAGAGAUUAGUAUGGUAAUUUUGGAUGUGACUUGGUCUAUGAACAAGUAAAAGAACAUGUUAGGAGUACUGCUAUUGCACUACCACAAACUGGCUUGCAACUGUCAUAAAUUCCUGAUUUAAGCUUGGUAAUCUUCAUAUAAACAAUGACCAAUUUGUGAAUAGGAGUUCAUGAACACCACAUCAGAACUGGAGCUACUAGUAUAGACAGAUUCUGUCUACCAGAUACUUAGAGCUCGUAUUGCAAUCCUCUCUCUGACUAUGUGGAGAUGAUAGCAAGGCAUGAGAUAGUUGUAGCAUUAGUUCAGUGUGAUGGAUCUCCUCUGGAUCUUUACCUCUGUAUUUUAUAAUUAAUAAAGUUAUGCUUAAAGACACUAUUUGAA